AUGUCCAACUUCAAAUUAGCCACUGAAUUACCAGCCUGGAAAAAGUUACAACAAAUCUACGAUGCUGAUGGUAAGAACAUCAAAGUCAAGGAUGAAUUUGCCAAGGACUCCCAAAGAUUCAACAAGUUAUCCAAGACCUUCACUAACUACGAUGGCUCUAAAAUCUUAUUCGAUUUCUCAAAGAAUUUGGUCAAUGACGAAGUCUUAGCUACUUUAAUCGAAUUAGCUAAGGAAGCCGAUGUCGCUGGUUUAAGAGAUGAAAUGUUCAAGGGUGAACACAUCAACACCACCGAAGACCGUGCUGUCUUCCAUCCAGCUUUAAGAAACAGAGCUAACAAGCCAAUGUACGUUGACGGUAAGAAUGUUGCUCCAGAAGUCGACGCUGUCCUACAACACAUGAAGGAAUUCUCUGAAGAAGUUAGAUCUGGUGCCUGGAAGGGUUACACUGGCAAGAAGAUCACCGACGUUGUCAACAUUGGUAUUGGUGGUUCUGAUUUAGGUCCAGUUAUGGUCACUGAAGCUUUGAAGCACUACUCUGGUGUUUUAGACGUCCACUUCGUCUCUAACAUCGAUGGUACUCACAUUGCUGAAACUUUAAAGACCUUGAAUGCUGAAACUACUUUAUUCUUAAUUGCCUCUAAGACUUUCACUACUGCUGAAACCAUCACUAACGCUACUUCUGCUAAGAACUGGUUCUUAUCUAAGACUGGUAACAACCCAGCCCAUAUUGCUAAGCAUUUCGCUGCUUUAUCCACAAACGAAGUUGAAGUUGCCAAGUUCGGUAUUGACACCAAGAACAUGUUCGGUUUUGAAAACUGGGUCGGUGGUCGUUACUCUGUUUGGUCUGCUAUCGGUUUAUCCGUUGCUUUAUACAUCGGUUACGACAACUUCGAUGCCUUCUUAAAGGGUGCUGAGGCCGUUGACAAGCAUUUCCAAGAAACUCCAUUAGAAGAAAACAUCCCUCUAUUAGGUGGUUUAUUAUCUGUUUGGUACAACAACUUCCACGGUGCUCAAACCCAUUUAGUUGCUCCAUACGAUCAAUACUUACACAGAUUCCCAGCUUACUUACAACAAUUAUCUAUGGAAUCCAACGGUAAGUCUGUCACCAGAGGUAAUGUUUUCGCUAACUACUCUACUGGUUCUAUCUUAUUCGGUGAACCAGCUACUAACGCACAACAUUCUUUCUUCCAAUUGGUUCACCAAGGUACUAAAUUAAUCCCUACCGAUUUCAUUUUAGCUGCUCAAUCUCAUAACCCAAUUGAAAACAAAUUACACCAAAAGAUGUUAGCUUCCAACUACUUUGCUCAAGCUGAAGCUUUAUUAGUUGGUAAGGAUGCCGCUGAAGUUGAAGCUGAAGGUGCCAAGGGUGGUUUAGUCCCACACAAGAUCUUCUCCGGUAACAGACCAACUACCUCUAUCUUAGCUCAAAAGAUUACUCCAGCUACUUUAGGUUCUUUAAUUGCUUACUACGAAUUCUUAACCUUCACUGAAGGUGCUAUCUGGAACAUUAACUCCUUUGACCAAUGGGGAGUCGAAUUAGGUAAGGUCUUAGCCAAGGUUAUCGGUAAUGAAUUAGUCGAUGCUUCUCCAGUCAGUUCUCACGACCCAUCUACCAACGGUUUAAUCAACCAAUUCAAGGAAUGGAUGUAA